AUCUGUUUUUAUCUGAAUGACAAUGUUUCCAGUUAAAGUUGUUAGCGGAUAGUUGAAUAGUGCGUUACAUUGAAAUGCCGAUAAUUUGAUUCUGUUUACUAUGUCAAGGAAAUAUCUACAGUUUAUGUACCUUGCCUUCUUGUGCUCUACACACCUUUGCAGCGGUGAGAAAAAUUCAUCGGUAGUUUACGCUGUCAAAAACUGUGUCUUGUCGGAAAAUGCUUCAUUUCUUCAUGGGAUUAUUGGGCAUUUAUUCUCCGAUGAGUCUGACGAGAAAGUAGACUAUUAUUUCAGCGUUUGUGGUUUCAAAACAGAGGAAAACUCAUCAGUGUCAUUAAAUCCAUCGAUUAUUGCAGUUAGCGAAACCAGUGUUGUGGAAUUAGGAUCGUUCACCAACUUUACCGUUUCUAACAAAGAUGAUCGACGUCUGGUAAGGUUCAAUGAUUCAGAGAUUACAACAGACCUGAUUCUUGGGUGUGGUAGCAUGGCAGCCUUUCAUCUCAUAAGUCAUGAAAACGAUAAGUCCUACAGUUUCGAUUUGUUCCAUCCUAGUCUUUGUCCUGUUCAACAAUCUAUGAAGUAUACUUUUAUUGUCAUCCUUGUAUGCUGUCUAGCUUUCACUAUUGGGUAUUGUGUGUUAAGUUCUUUAAUAAAGCGAUACUUAUAUGAACGAUCGUGGCAUCAGUCUGUUCCAUUCAUCAAUACAUUUGAACAUAUAAAAAGUCGAUUUCAGGACUAUAUCGUUCUUCAUUGUCAUCGUCCACAAACUCGCCUUGUUGAACCGGUAUAUAUACCUGUACCAAACGAUUCACCAGAACGGUUUAAAACUAAAAAAAUUGAAUUAAUAUGCGAAAAUUCACUGGAACAAAAACAGUUGUUACUGUCAAAUUCAGAUGAACAACAAGAUGAUAUAUUAUUGGCUCUUUAACACAGUAAACCAAUUAUACAAAUUGAUUUCAUAUAUUCAUGGAUUUUAUGGAACAUUUUUAAUCAUUAUAUUUUGUUUAACACUAUCUUCAGGUGAAAAUUAUGUCAAAUAACUUAAAUGACUUAUAUUUCUCUUUUGUUUUAUUCAACUUGAUUCUAUUGUCCCGUGAUAAAAUAACGCAAUUGUCAUUAUGGUAUUCCGGUGCCUUGGAGUAUCUUAGUAAUAUCUAUAUUAACUGAAUAUAGAUUGUGUAUUAUUGAUAUUUAGUAAACUGUUCAAAAGUCAAGUAAUAUAUUUACUAACACGUUCCGUUUAGUUUUUCUUUUUUCGAAAUGAACCGAAAUCUGUACUCUAUUACUUUUUAGAUCUUAUUUACUUCAUGUUUCCUAAUUUCCCAUUUUAUUUCGAUUUUCCUUCCAUUGUUUAUCAUGUGGAUAAGAUAGACAAAGAUAAUUGGAUUGCAAAAUAUACAAGAUGUUGUUUUUAUUA